AAAAGCAAACAUUAGAACUGUUUCACUCCAAAUCAUCAUUAGCACGUUUCGGACGAGAUUCUUAAAGCUAUUUACUCAUUAGCGAACGUGAAACAACACCAAGUACAAUUCUAAAAUGAUUAAGAAACCAUCGGAGACCCUCAACAGCCUCUAAAUUAAGCGUUUGGGUCUGUUUUUAUAUUCUAUAAAAAAAUGCACAAAUGACAAUAUGGAGCGAAGAGCUCUGAUAAUCUAGUUUCAUAAAAGAAACAUACAUCCAAUAAAGUUACCAAACCACAAAUAAACUCAUAUUUAAUAUAGAAGGCUUAAGUAAUGUAAUUUAUUUGUUUUAUAAUUAUUAUUUAUUUUUUUGUUCCUUCCUGGUAAAAAAAAAAAAAAAAAAGUACUUUUAGCGAUUUGGAGGAAAAAGCUUUGAAAAGUUCCCCAGUGAAAAUCGCAAAUGAUCGCAUCAGCAUUUUAAGCUAGCUGGCUACGAAAGCAGUAUUAUUGUGCUGACAGAUUUUAAUAGGUGCUCACAUUUGGUACUUGGUAGAUUUUAUUUUUAAUCCACAAUAGCUGGGAUGAUUCUGAUAAAGUGAUGGUGUAGGAUAGAGCAAUUGACACUAAUGAUUGAUUUAGAAAACAAAACCAAAAUGCAAUCAUUUCACUUUGGCCUUCUCACUUCAGCACUCUGUGAUGUUACAUGACCGUGUAGUGACAUUGUUUUUCUUUGUAUUUCAAGGUGUUAAUUCACCUCAUUACCACACUGACCAAGUGUUUUCACGUAUUUCUUUGCUAGGACUUUUAACCCUAUGCAGGCAAUUGUAGAGUUCAUUUUCGGGAACAGGUAACCACUGUGGCUAAUGGUGAGCUGGGGAACUCCACCCAUUUUAACCAUGGUUUUUAAUAUACUGUCCAGUAACUUUUCUACAGAAUAUUUACGUAGGUUAACCCCAUGUAGUUUAAAAAUAUGAAAUCUAAUUUGUUUUCAGUCUCUUCCACCCUCAAUCAGUUUCUUGGCUGUCACUGUUUCUUCCUUUUUUAACCACUGUUCUACUGACCUGAAAACAUGUAGCAUUCAGAGUGGGGUUUAAUUCUGCAUCCUUUCUUGAACCGUAAUUUCAGAGAAAAGACGGCCACAGUGACGUCAUGACGCUAUCAGCAGAUCUGGGACACGCGCUUGAGAAUAUAAAUACUGUAAGCUCCCAAUUAGCAAUCAUCAUAAGGGAAAUCAAAAGCUGAAAGGUUAUUUCUCAUCGUGUCGUAGCAUCACAAUUUGAAGAUGAAGUGGAUCGCACUCUUUGCAUUGGUGGUUUGCUGCUAUCUGUUGCCCUGUGAACAGGCAAGAAUUCCACCCCACAAAUCCAAGGAGCCUUCUAAUAGCCCGGGUUUGGAUAGUCCACACCCAAGACAACGAAUCAAUGCACUGGCUAGAGCUGCACAACAGUUUGAUAAUGGCACUGACACAACAAGACUGAUACAAAAUCCAGAAAACUACAACAACCAGAUGGCGGCCGAGCAGGUUUGCUGCCUACAUGUUAAUAUUCUGAAUUUCUACCUCACUCGUGUGUUACGCACAUCAGAAGAACAAUACCCACACAAGGAAUCUGUGACCCAGGACCUUCACAGGAUCAGUGAAGACCUGAAGAGCUGUGUUAAUACUCCCAUGAUUAUAAAAAUGAAGUUUCACAGCAUCCUGCACAAAUUCAAAGAGGAUUUUGAAAAGCUUGGGGAAAGAGGGAACAACAAGGCCAUCGGAGAGCUGGAUAUAUUGUUUGAAUACCUCACAAGGUUCUGCAGAAAAAAUUAAUCAACAAAUACAACUUAAUUUAUUACAAAUAUUUAUUUUUC